AGCGCCUUUCCUCGACGAAAUACCGGAAUGAUUGCUGACCGAGAGGUCAACAGCACAGACCUGGGCGUCACCAGACUUCUUCCUGCUUGGCUUGUACUUUUCAGGAGCAUAAGAUCAGGCUGGAUAUACGGUAUCUCCAGCAGCAGGUGCUGCAACGAGUGUCGGCAAAUCUCGACGUUCAUCAAAAGCUUGAACGAGUUCCUCUAAGUUGUCGAACGUGGUGAAUUGGCGACGAGAAAUCAUAUGAUGAUAUUCUCUCCUUAAAUUCCCGAAAGCGAUAUCUAAUCUAGCCUCCUCCGGAAAAUGAGAAUCUUGCGCAUGAGUCCACAUUAAAUGAACGUUAUCAAUAUAAUCCGAUCCGCUCUCUAACGCAGCCUGAGUUCGAACACCAAUAUCGUGGACCGCGCGCCACCGUUUAAAUUCAGUGUUCGAUAAACGACGCACAAAUGCGCGAUGAACCCAAGUGGGGGUCGCCGACACCUACAAAAAAUACGAUAUCUUUCCAAUGUCACAAAUCGGUACUAAAUUCCGACAUUGGGACGAUAUGGCUGAUGAACCAGAAUCAGUACAGAAUCGAUACUGACUUUCAGUAUGGUUCUUCAGACAUAUUUUAAAUGUCGAAUCGAUGCACGUUUCCUGUUGGGAAAACGGUACUGUAUAACUGCCUCAAAAUCGACAUCGUGGCACUGCUGAAAAUACAGUGCUGGAUCGCAUUCUCCAUUUCAGCAUCAGAUCGAUACCGGCAUUAUAUCCGUAUUUAGAUACUGAAUUUUGUUGUUGCCAUAAACAUCUAAACGACAUCGCAAUCAUGUCGUUGGCCGAGUACAGGAUUUCGACUAUGACCAAGCAUAAAAACGAUACUGUGGCAACUUAGCAAUCCAACAUCGAAUUCUAUACUGGAAAUCAGUAUCGUUACGGUGCUAAAGGAAUGGUCAUAUGUCUAUGCUAAAAUAUUUUGCUAUGCUAGAAUUUUUUUUACGCCUAAUAUCUUUUCGAAUAUUAAAGAUAUCGAAAGAUUGCAAAAUAUUAAUUUUGAUGUAAAGUAAUGUGCUAUAUUGCUGUCCCCCUUUUUGUUUGUAUGUUAUAUACUCUCCAUGUAAAUUGAAGAAAAAAAGAAAUUACUCGCUAAAUGGGAACAACAUUUUAUUUGCGCAUAAAAAAAUUGAGAUUGGUUGUAAAAUUAUCAUAAAUUGGAAAAAUUGUUAAACCUUAGUAAAAAAUAUUUGUGUAAAAAUAUUCGUGCAUUUGUUUUUGUUUGGAAUGCCAUGAGAGGGACAAGGACGAAGAGCCUUUGUCAUGGUGACACAUGUGGCAGCCAUCCACCCUCUCCUUUCCCUUUUCCCCCGGCGUCAACAACCUGAAAAUUUCCCUGCUCUCGGGAGAAUUUUCAAGUAUUUCUCUUUCAGUUGACCAGUGAGUGUUACCCGAAGCAAAGUGUUAAGUGAAGUGUUUGAAAAAUGGAUUGUGUUUUGCAUUUACAACUUGCAACAAUCUCGUUAAAUAUCCAAAACCAGGAGAAUUCUUCGGAAAAUAAGUUCAUUGUCCUAAAUAAAAAAAAGAAAUUAUUUAGAUGCAUUUUUGGCAGGAGAGAAGGGGAUUAACUUUGAAAAUGAAGAGAUGAAUGAAGAAUAUGGUUUAUUCCUUACACAGGUAUCCUCUUCGAUGCACUUUUCAAGGCAUUUGAAAGUUUUAAGCGCAGCUUGAUGUAUGAUUUCCAAAAAAAAUUCACACCACUUACUAAUUACCUCAAUACAUCAACGCAAAGAUUCGGUAUAUCUACCACAGAGGCUAUGGAAACGUUGGAUAUCACUUUGCCCUUCAAUAGAGUGGAAGAGCUCAACGCAUUUGACGAAAUCCUCAGAGACAGCCCCGAAAAGAAGAAAAUCUUGCAAUCAGUGAUGGCAACGAGAUGUACGGGAUCAACGAGUCUGAAGGAAAGUCUCACAGCUACUCUAUCCGGCCUUCUAUCGAAAAAAUUACAACUCGAGUAUUCGGCUUGUGGAAAGGAAACUCAUGGCCACAAAAAGCUUUCUUUCAAAGAUCCAUCCAUAUAUGGAUGUUUAGAAGCGGUUCUUAUCGAGAGACAUAGUAUUUCAGCCACUUCGCUCAUCUCAAAGAUGAGUAGAUGGUUCACAGGAGCUAUUGAUCGCUCAGGAAACGGAAGACGGCGUACAGCGCCACGUCCCAGGCAAUAAGAUGAUCA